CGCCCCUAGCAGGCCGCCACCGAGCGAGCUGCUCACCGUCCUCGAGGAGACGAUCAAGACACACGGUCCACUCGCGGUGCCGCGCUUCAUGACGCUGUGCCUCAACCACCCGACGCUCGGCUACUACACGACCCGCACCGUGUUCGGCAAGGAGGGCGACUUUGUCACGAGCCCAGAGAUCUCGCAGGUCUUUGGCGAGCUUCUCGCCAUCUGGUACGUCACGCAGUGGCUCGCGCAAGGCUCGCCCAAGCGUGUUCGAGUCGUCGAGCUCGGCCCUGGUCGAGGAACCCUCCUCGCCGACAUCUUGCGUACUUUCCGCGCCCUCCCUCAGCCUUCUCGUCCGCCCAUCUCGUCGAUCCACCUUGUCGAGCAGAGCGACCAGCUCAAGCGGGUGCAGAAGGCGCGCCUCGUCGAGACGGGCUUUGGCGAGACGCCGGUCGAGUGGCACGCCGACGUCGCGGCCGUACCGCAGUCCGAGGACGAGUUUACGAUCCUGAUCGCGCACGAGUUCUUCGACGCCCUCCCGAUCCACAUCUUCGAGAACACGCAAAAGGGCUGGCGCGAGGUCCUCAGCCCCUUGACCCUUAACGUCGACACGACGCUCGGCGCGCCCCCUCGUUCCGCUUCGUCGCCGUCCUCGCCUGCGCCUUCAGCCGCACGAGCCGCUCCCCCGGCUUCGACACCCGGCGGCGCCGGCUCGCUCACGGCGCAGCGCUUUGCGCGCCUCCCGAUCGGGUCGCGCAUCGAGGUGAGCCCGUCGAGCUGGGAGGUGGCGCGCGACACGGCGAGGCUCGUCGGCGGGCCGGCGGGCGGGGCAGGGCUCGUCGUCGACUAUGGCGACGCCAAGGCGUUCGGCAGGAGCUGGCGGGGUUUCCGCAAGCACCAGGUUGUCGACCCGCUCACCGAGCCGGGCCACACGGACCUGACGGCCAACGUCGACUUCAGCUACCUCGCCGAGUCGAUGAGCGAGUUCGCUUCGACGCACGGCCCGCUCCCCCAGUCGCGCUUCCUCACCUCGCUCGGCCUCCAGCCCCGCCUCGCCGGCCUCCUGCGCGGUGCGUCGACCGACGAGCGCCGCAAGGAGAUCGAGAGCGCCGCAAAGCGCCUCGUCUACCACGGCGGCAUGGGCUCACAGUACAAGGUCAUGGCCGUCACGCCAAAGGGCGCAAAGGACGUCUUUCCGUUUGACCUCGUCGAGUAGAUCGAGCUCUCGAUGCCAAUGAAGCCGUCUCGCUCGACUC